GUCAACUUGGUUUUGAAUUGCGACAGCUAAAAAGGGAAGUUGGUUGAGUUGUUAACAUUUAUACACUUAACCUUUUUCACAUAUGACAUGUGAACUGCCAACCAAAAGAACCUGAUUGCCGUUCUAUUUUUGAUGUGGGCUUCUUUGAGGAUGAGUGUCAUUGCAGUCCAGUCUGUGAAAAUGGUGACAGCCAACAUGUUGCUGGGUGUCUUGUUUGUUUCAGGUGCUCUGACUGCAUGUCCUUACAAUCCAGACCUGUUCAUAAAUACACCGAAGAACAUGGAAGCACUGAGUGGAUCUUGUCUGCUAAUCCCAUGUAACUUUAGAGCUAAAACAGAUCAGGAUUUCAAAAGCACAAGAAAAACCUCUGGAGUGUGGAUUAAAAGUUCAAAAGAUUUAGUAAAAAAUCCUAAAAAUGUUAUUUAUAACAGUAGCUGGGAGCACAAUGUUUAUCCAAUGAAGAUUACAGGAGACCUGAGUCAGAAAAACUGCACCACUUUAUUUUCCAGUUUAAUCACUAAUCACACAGACACAUACUACUACAGACUUGAGAACUGGCCAUUCAAAGCAACAGCUGAGUGUGAUCUUCUUCAAAUAAGAGUUAGAGAUUCUCCUCCGAGGCCCAGAAUAGAGAUCUCAGGUAAUCUGAAGGAGAAGGAGUCUGUCACUAUAAGCUGCUCAGCUCCCACUCCCUGUCCACACUCCCCUCCUAAACUCACCUGGAAUCUUCAACAAGACCCUCACAACAACAUAAAGGUCAACACAGAUCAGACCUUCACAACUAAAAUCCAGAAGACCAUUACUCUGUCAGACACACAUGAUGGACUCACCAUCAGCUGUUCUGCCACAUAUCCUGUGAAUGAAGGAAGAGGAGUCAAGACAGCAGAGGAGAGAAAGACUCUCAGUGUCUCAUAUGCUCCCAAGAACACCUCAGUGUCCAUCAGUCCAUCAGGUUUGGGGUCAGCAGGUAGCUGGGUGAACCUGACCUGCUCCAGCAGAGCCAAGCCUCCCGUCAGCUUCAGCUGGUUCAAGAACAGCAAAAUUGGAGCCAUCCGUGUGGCUAAAGGGAAGUUUUACAGCGUCAAUGUGACCAGUGAGACAGAAGAUUAUCACUGUUUGGUCACAAAUGGUCUCGGUAAUCAGAGGUCAUCUUGGAUUCGUUUAAAGAGUGCAGAUAAUCCAGAGUUUGGGGUUGAUGUCUACGUUACAGUGAAGAUCCUGGGAAUCAUAACACUCUACAGUACACUCAUCAUCUUUGAGUGCUGGUUGAGAUCCCGGUGCUGCAACAAACCAGUGAAGGACGCAGGAGAAGAAGACUACGUCAACAGAGUGAUUGAGAUUCAAGCAACAUGAAGAAGAAGAAGACAUGAUCACCAUGAAUGGAAUAGUUCUCUCUUUCUUAUUCCUCCCAUUCUUAAUUAUUAAAUGGCUUUACUUUUCUAAAUAUUGGUACGAUGAACAAAGGACGGGGUGCAAAGAUUACAGAAGAUGACAUAAAUAUAACGUACUGUAGCUUCAUCAUUAAUUUGUGUAAGAUUGUGCUGAUUUAUGGCAUUAUUAUAGUUAUUUUUCUUUGCUUCAGUUUUAUUUGCUUGUACAAAUAUAUCAUAAAGACAACAGAACAGUUAAAAGUAGAUAUAUAAUUAUUAUACAAUUAAUAUAAUUACACAUUCAAUUUAAUUCUAACGUCACUUACACUGCAAUAUUGUUUCUUGUAUCAUGGCAACCGCACUUUAAAAUACCUUUAUUUGACGCCAUUUUGCUUACUUUCAGUCAACCAUAUU